AUGAUGCUGGGCGAAGUGUCGCGCUCCGCUGACUAUUGGAAAGCCUGCGGUGAUGAAGCGAAUCACCACGGCUUCAAGGGGGUCAUCAUGAUGGGCGCGCACUGGGACGCACGAGGUACAAACCGGAUCAAUGUAUCAAUGAACCCCAAGCCCGCCAAGUCGCCUGUCGCGUACGUUCACCCGAGGAAAUACGUGGACUACGAGUUAAAUCCCGACCUCGAAACUGGCAAAAAACGCAUACAAGCACUAAAAGAAGGAGGCCUGGACGUGCGACCAAAUGAGUCAUUUGACUGGAUUCACGACACAUAUCUCAUCUUGAUACGAAUGUUCCCAGAGAGGUGCCCACCCACGAAAAUCAUCGGCAUGAACUCACAUUUCGAUCCACAUCUUCAUGCCCGUGUUGGGCAGAUCCUCGCACCCUUCCGCGACCAAGGAUACCUCAUCAUCGGAACCGGCGGCGCAGUACACAACCUAUACCGCAACCACUGGGGUCAGAUGCUCAAGUAUUCAGACAACCUCGCACAGCCUUACCCACCUGAGGCUCCAAUGCUCGAAUUUCGACAAAGUGUGGAAGACGUCUUCAUGAAGCACCCCAUGUUUAGGGAUGCGCAUGCAACAGAUGAUCAUUAUAUGGCGGCGUGUUUUGUGGCGGGCGCGGUGGAUGUAAGCAAGAGGGAAGGUGAUGAGUGCGUGCUUGGGGCAGAGGAUUGGGAACUAGUGAACAUGUGUAAUAGCCAGUUCACCAUUGGAAAGUGGGCACAGACGGCGUGA